AUGAUGGGAAAACACCGGAAGAGGAAAAUCAACCCCCCCCUCUACCCAGUCCACCCAAACGAGGAAAAAAAAAAAAACCUUAACAAUUUUAUAACCUACAAGGAUUUGAAAAUACGCUGGAGAAACACCUCCAAAAAUUAUAGGAAAAAAGUGACCAUUGCGAGGAAGUGGAAGAACUUGCAUUGCAUCCUUCCGAUGAAUAAACAAUCGUGCAUUUUUAUUCUGCACAAGAAUUUGCCCUACACUCGCUUUAAAGGGAGGGAUGCCUCCAUGGGGGGGCCCAUCAAACAGAUAAGUGAUAACCCAGAGGGAGGUUUUCCCAAUGGUGUUGCCACACCGCCAUGUGCAAAAACGAAUGGCACGCUGAGCAGACGCAGGAAGGCCAAAUAUAGGAAUUCGACACGGGUAUGCCACGCAGAGGGGGAGGCAGGUAAGCCAAAUGAUGAACCACAUCAACUGAGUCACCCCGACGAAGUGGAUCCCAUCCCCCAAGGUGACUUCACAACCCAAUUGAACUACCAUGAGGUACCUCCUAGCGACGUGCAGCACCUGCUCCGAAAAGGAACAGAAGAUCUGUUCUGCAUUUUCAAGUCAAAUUUUAUAAGUGAGCAUAAAGUAACCAUUGGGGAUAUUGUACAGACGGAGAAGUUACAUCGAAGGAAGGCAGGCGAUGUCAUAUACUUUGGAACGGUCCUCCUCGUAGGGUCCAAAGAUUUUACAAUAAUUGGAAAACCCACUGUGCCCUACUGUAGAGUGAAAGCCACAAUAGAACAGAUAACCCUAAGCAAAGAAAUCCUAAGCUUCCGAUAUAAAAAGGUCAGGAGGUCAAGUAGGUUCCUCCGAAUAAAACAUUGGAUCACUAUUCUCAGAAUUGAUGACAUAAUUAUCGACACAAAACAGCCAGUGAAAGAUGAACGGAAGAAACCUCUACAAAUUUUGGACCUGUGGGCAAAUAGAUGGCUGUACGAAAAGGAACUGAAUUUUAUUAAGUUUAACGAAAGUGGCACUGCCCCUUUAGCGGAACAGAUUUACGACCUAGUGGAACACCAACCGAAUACUUUACAUCGGAGGGGACUUACCGACUGUUAUCGCUUUUACCCUGACCCGAGAGUCCCUCACACAAGCCCCUACGGCGUAGCACACGUGGCGCAUACUAUGGGGGUGAAGUUCGAGUUCUUCAGAUUUUUCAAGCUGAACUACUACGCCUUUUACGUGAAGAAGGAAAAGCUUUACACCUUUCUGCAUACCACCACGGCGUAUUCCCUCGUGGGCGUCACCAUAUACCUGGGAUACUCCUUCUUUCACAUGUGGAACGACGCGGUACACUACUCCUACAAGCACUACAUGAGGAAGGAAAAACAACGCAAAGAACUGUACGAUAAAAUUAGGAUCGCUCGGGAGAAUGGUCUCAUCCCGAAGAGCCAAGUUGAUCUCUCCAGAUAAUCAGCAGAUUGGACAGGCAACUAGCCAAAAUAUGUAACCAAUCAAAUUAGCUAGUCAAAAAAAAAAAAAAAAAAAAAGUGCACACAUUUUGUGCGAGUCAAAAGGAAUACUCUUCUAAGAAAAACAACCAAUGCAGAGAACACCCGUUCAAGGGGUUAAGGCGAAUCUCCACGACUAUUUUAUAGCGAUCCCAGGGGAUGCUUCUCCCAACUGUACAAUCACAUUUGUCGAAUAAGUAAAACCAAACAGGUUACAGACGCAGAAAAUAUUACCUGAACAGGUCAGCUUAUUUGCAGUCAGGUAGAGCUAA